GAAUUUAUUUUCUUUUCAUUUGUAAAAUAAUAAUUGUCCGAUUAAAAAAUAAUAAUCAUGCAAUAUGAGCUUAAAGCCAGUAUUAGAGUGAUUGCAUUAUAUUUUUUAUUACACUAAUUACUUUGCUUGAACUAAUGUAAAGGUGGAUUAAUGUUUAAGUAUAGCUAAUAAAUUCAUUAUUAAAUAAAAUAAUAAAAAUAUUUCGUAUUGAUUAUAAUUAAAAAAAAAAAAAAAAAAAACAAAAACAAAGAAUCAGUUACAAGAGUCAAAAGAUCAACGAGUUUCGCGGGCAAUUACUUUUCGCGUUUCAGAAGGCAAAACAAAAGCCAGGCAUUCAAUGAGGAAAUUAUCUUUUCAAGAUCCGUGUUGAAUGCUAACAAAUUCGCAUUAAAACUAACUAAAAAUCGUUUCUUCUUUUACAUAUUCUUUUGCAGUUUUUAUCAAUUCAAUUCAACAACGUACCUUAUAACUAAAGAGCAACUUAGACAAAAUCCACUAAAAUUCCGGCAAGUUACGCAAUCAUAUUUUUGAUCGCCGGCGUGCUCUGUCGCUCUGGCGAACGUCGUUUUGUUACCAUUGUUUGAAUACGACUGGAGCAAGCAGAUUAGCUUCUUUUAUUACAGUCACAAUUUCAAUGUCAAAAAAGCCAGAUUCAAAAACCGUCGUGUUACUGAAUAUGUGAUGAAUAGUAGAGGAUUUCACUGGUUAAUGAUUGAUGGUAUACACAGAUUGACGAUCUGCAGAUUUGCUGUUCUGAACCAGUGAUUGGUUUGUGGAGUUGAGAAUUUUAGGGUGAUGGAGUGUGGUGAUGGUUCUGUAUUGGAAGAGCCUCAGGAGCUUGCAGAAGCUGCUUCUUCACGGAAGUCGCCAGAAUCACCUCCAAUGCAGAUCUCAGUGAAUACAAAGUCUCCUAAGUAUUUAAGAUCACCUAAUUCCCCAAAGUCCCUUAGCUACCAAAAGGCACCUGGGAAAUUUAUUACAGGUAAAGGAAGUCCAAGCAAGGGGAGCCCAGUCAAGAAUGAGAGACAUUCACAUUCUCCAAUAGAUGGUCGCCCCAAGAAAGGUGGCUCGGGUGGUAAAGGGACAUGGGGAGGACUGCUUGAUACAGAAUGCGAUUACUCUCUUGAUCCCAAGGACCCAAACUAUGAUAGUGAGGAAUAUGAUCACAAAAGCAGGACAAAAUUGAUAGUAGAUUUUGAGGAGUACAAGAAGAAGGUUACAGUAAUAGUGGAAGAAUAUUUUGCAACUGAUGAUGUUGUUUCAACUGCCAAUGAAUUGAGAGAACUUGGAGUGCCAAGCUAUAACUAUUAUUUCAUAAAGAAACUUGUCUCUAUGUCUAUGGAUAGGCAUGACAAAGAGAAGGAAAUGGCUGCUAUUCUUAUCUCUGCUCUUUACGCUGACAUCAUUGAUCCUUCACAAGUGUACGAAGGGUUUACUAAAUUGGUGGAGUCUGCGGAUGACUUAAUCGUAGAUAUACCUGACACUGUUGAUAUUCUUGCAUUGUUUAUUGCUAGAGCUGUGGUUGAUGACAUACUACCCCCUGCAUUCAUUAAGAAAGAAAUGGCUUCUUUACCUGCAGAUUCUAAAGGGAUUGAUGUGCUAAAAAGAGCCGAAAAGAGCUAUCUAGCAGCUCCUCUUCAUGCGGAAAUUAUUGAGCGCCGAUGGGGAGGAAGCAAGAACAAAACAGUUGAGGAUGUGAAGGCUAAGAUAAACAAUUUGCUGGUAGAGUGUAUAGUGAGCGGUGACAAGAAAGAGGCUUGCAGAUGCAUCAAGGAUUUAAAAGUUCCCUUCUUCCAUCACGAAAUAAUUAAACGGGCUCUUGUAAUGGCAAUGGAAAGGCAGCAGGCUGAAGGUCAGCUACUAGAAUUGCUGAAGGAUGCUGCUGAAAAAGGUUUCAUUAAUACAAGCCAAAUAACAAAAGGAUUUAACCGGGUUAUAGAUGCCGUUGAUGAUUUGUCGCUUGACAUCCCAAAUGCACGGGGAAUAUUGCAGUCUUUAAUUUCCAAGGCUGCAUCAGAGGGAUGGUUAUGUGCUUCAUCUUUGAAGUCACUCUCAGUAGCACCAGUUACACAACCUUUACAAGAUAGUGCUGCCAAAAUCUUCAAGGCAAAGGCUCAAUCUAUUGUUCAAGAAUAUUUCUUGUCUGGUGAUAUGUCAGAGGUCAGUAGUUGUCUCGAAUGUGAGAACAGUAAUAGUUCUCCUGAACUGAAUGCUACCUUUGUCAAAAGAUUGAUAACUCUCGCAAUGGAUAGAAAAAAUAGGGAGAAGGAAAUGGCUUCUGUUUUGCUGUCAUCUUUGUGUUUCCCAGCAGAUGAUGUUGUGAAUGGAUUUGCUAUGUUGAUAGAAUCUGCAGAUGAUACUGCUUUGGAUAACCCAGUCGUUGUUGAGGAUCUCGCGAUGUUUUUAGCUAGAGCAGUGGUGGAUGAAGUGUUAGCCCCACAACAUUUAGAAGAAAUCGGAAGCCAGUUUUUAGGGCUAGAAUCAAUCGGGAGUAAGGUUCUUCAAAUGGCAAAGUCAUUGCUAAAGGCUCGACUAUCAGGUGAGCGAAUUCUACGGUGUUGGGGUGGUGCAGGAAGCAGUAGGCCUGGAUGGGCAGUUGAGGAUGUCAAGGAUAAAAUUGGGAAGUUACUGGAGGAGUUCGAGUCCGGAGGGGACAUCAGGGAAGCCUACCGCUGCAUAAAAGAAUUAGGCAUGCCAUUUUUUCACCAUGAGGUGGUUAAAAAGGCACUUGUGACUAUCAUUGAGAAGAAGAGUCGAAGAUUGUGGGGGUUACUCGAAGAGAGUUUCCAUUCUGGGCUCAUAACCUCAUAUCAGAUGAUGAAAGGUUUUGGAAGGGUAGCAGAAUCUCUUGAUGACUUGGCUCUUGAUGUGCCGGAUGCUGAGAAACAAUUUGUACAGUAUGUUGAGAAAGCUAAAAUUGCAGGGUGGUUGGAUUCCUCAUUUUGUUGCAAUAAAUCAGGACAUACUGUAGAGAAUGGCAACUCUCAGUGAUACUGGGUUUUGUGAUCUUCUAUUGUUGCUUCACAACUCCCUGAUCAAAAGUACUAAGAAAAUUACCAGAUGGAUCUUAUUUGGUUUCUGUCCGUUUGUUCUGCAAAACUGUCAUCUUCUAUUGCAGGAUUCAUAAACAUUUUGACAGGCUUCUCAUUGCUUAAAGAGGGCUUGACACUCUUUUAUAGUGAUGACAAUUUAUACAUUCUCAAUGUUAAUUUCUUUAGGAGUAUAAAAGAAACAAUACAAGUUGUAGUUUAUAUCUUAAUCUGUCCCUUAUAUUAUUGUAUUAGUAUGAAUAGUGUAUCAUUCUAUAUAAUGAGUAAUUAGUGUUCUUAUGAUUU